UACUGUAAGAGAGUUCACAGCUUUCCGCCGACUGCAGAAACAAACAGUUGAAGACUGCUGAUAAUGGAAAAAGGACCAUUUCCCCCUCCAUAUGCAUCGGUGGUCCAAACCAACAUAUCCUACCCGGCACCACAGGUUGCCUUUCAAACCCAGCCAGCUCCAAUGGCCACAGUUUACCAACCCCCAGCUGCACAGAUGCCAGUCAUGGCUGCAGCUCAGCCUGCAUUUGUGCCUGCCGCUGCUCCAAUGGCACAGCCUGUAAUUCAGAUGGUCCCAGCUCCUGCGCCGGUCCAGGCUCCAGUGGCACAGAUGCCCCCGGCUCCUGCACCGGCCCAGGAUGAAGUAGUUAUUAAACCACGUCUGACUACUGUUGCGGGGCGGAUGAAAUGUCAUUACUGUCAUAAGGAGGUCGUAACAGAGAUGAAAUAUGUCAAUGGCAUGAUGGUGUGGGCCAUUUGUGCAAGUCUUGGCUUUUUAGGGAUCUGGCCGUGUUGUUUGAUUCCAUUCUGUGUGAACUCCUGCAAGGAUGUACAGCAUCGCUGUCCACACUGCAGAACCGUCAUCCAUGUGCACAAACGCAUGUAGCUUGCUCUGAAACAAAGAAAAUCUGAUAAACCAAAAUAAAAACUUUGAGUGUCAGAAAUGGAACAACGUUUUGCAU